AUGAAGUUCCCCCAGAUCCUUGCAUUGGCUGCUGUUGCCACAGCCGUCAGUCUUCCACGCUCUAAGAGCUCAAUUUCCCCAAUCACAAAUGUAAAUAUCUUUACACCACCCUCCGACUACAACAUCCCACGCACACUCUACCCUCGCAAUGAGCAACUUCCCAAUGGUGAUAUCCUUGCAACAUGGGAAAACUACUCACCAGAGCCGCCUCUGGUCUACUUUCCCAUUUAUCGCUCCAAAGAUCAUGGAAAAACCUGGAAGGAGAUCUCUAAAGUCCAGGAUACUGCGAAUGGAUUUGGACUGCGUUACCAACCGUUCCUUUACUACCUGCCCGAGAAGAUCGGAUCUUUUAAGAAGGGUACUCUGCUGCUAGCGGGUAGUAGUAUCCCGACAGAUCUCUCAUCCACCAACAUUGAUUUGUAUGCAUCCAAUGAUGAUGGCGUGACAUGGAAGUUUGUUAGCCAUAUUGCGGCCGGGGGAGAGGCCGAACCGGUGAAUGGACUGACCCCUGUCUGGGAGCCUUUCCUUCUUGCUCACAAGGGCAAGUUGAUCUGUUAUUACUCCGAUCAGCGAGACAACGCAACCUAUGGGCAGAAGAUGGUACACCAGACCUCGUCUGAUCUGAAGAAUUGGGGUCCUGUUGUUGACGACGUUGCGGAAUCAACCUACACUGACCGACCGGGAAUGCCAGUCGUGACCAAGCUCCCUAACGGCAAAUACUUUUACAUCUAUGAAUACGGCUCCUUCUUCGGUACUUCAAGCUAUUCCUUCCCUUUGUACUACAAGAUCUCCUCCAACCCCGAAGACUUCCUCUCCAUCGAGGGCCAGCGUCUCGUUGUCUCCAGCGGCACUAAGCCGACAUCCUCACCAUACAUCGUUUGGACUAAAUAUGGCGGCAAGAACGGCACCCUCAUUGCCAGCUCCGGUACCCAGAGUUCCAUCUUUAUUAACCAAGCUCUUGGCGAAGGCGAGUGGACUGAGAUCGCGACACCUGAAGAGCACGGCUACACUCGUGCUUUGCGUGUCCUUGAAGAAGAUGGCGGGCGCUACCUGAUGAUUCAUUCCGCAGGAGUCUUGUCAGGCACUGCUAACCGCGUCUCGGAGAGCAUUAUCGAUCUGAAGAAGCUAUUGUAA